CACUCUUCAAAUUUGUAAGGGGCAAUGUCUUAACAGCAGCUGCAAAAACAAAAUGAAGGUGGCAUCACCGUCUUCAGAAGAUUAAAUAAUGCAGUGAGUGGCUUCAGUCCAAUUGGACAUUUGGAACAACUCACUUAAUAGGGUGUAUUAAUAGGGUGCUUGAAGAAAUUUUAAGAAUUAAGCAAAAAGGUUCUAUCUUACAGAAAAAUACAUUAAACCUGCUUUCAUUCAAAGAAGUGCCUUGGAAAAAAUAAUUUCCAGCUUACGAAGGAAACAUUUAUGAAGUAGUUAAAUAAUAUUGAAAGAACUAGUUUUACCUGUUAUAAAAUUAUAGCAAAACCUGUCUGUCAGGUUUACUGAACCUUUCUUUCUUUAGUGCAGCUGCUAGUACUGGAAAAAAACACACAAACUAGAUUUGCAAGUAUGUGCUAACAGUGCUUUGUACCAUCCUGUUGCCUCCAUGAAUCCUGCUGAACUUCGUCUAGGAUUCGGGUGGAAAGUACACAAGUGCGUGAAAACCUUUUUAAACAGCUACUCAGGAGUGCAGUGAGGAAUGGCUACAGACAACUUCACCGAUGUAUGGGCAAAGCUCAAAGAUCUGCAUGAACAAGAAGUGCGAGGACUGUACACAAAGUUAACUGAAAUAAACAUGGAGCGAUGUCUUGAUGCACAGAGAUUGGACGAGUUGUUUAGCAAGAACCAUCAGCUGAGGGAGCAGCACAAGAUAAUGAAUGAUAAUGUCAAGGUUUUGGAAAACAGGCUCCGAGCAGGUCUUUGCGAUCGAUGCACAGUCACACAGGAGUUGGCCAGGAAAAAGCACCAGGAAUUUGAAACAUCUCAACUCCAAAGCCUUCAGCACAUUUCUGUUCUCACUCAUGAAAUCAGUGGAUUGAAAGAGGAAAACGAGUUACUUCAUCAGGAGCUGAGAAAGCUGAAAUACUUCUUACAGCAAAGUCAUAGUACCUCCCGGGGAAACCGCUCCUUGUCAGACAAUAGCAUAUCUUUUGAUUCAUCCUUGAACCACAGACGGAAGCAAAGUUUGGAUGCCGUUCACAAUCCAAUGUCGGAGCAUCAAAGGCUCAAACACAACUUCAGGCUUCCCUCACAAGAAACCUUCACAAACCCCAAAAGACCUUUUCACAAUCUGCCUGACCUUUCAAUGUUUGAUUGGCAUCCUCAAAGAAUAUCUAACCAGUUGCAUGGAACAAUCGCACUAGUACAGUCUAGCUCUACACCUUGCUGUACAUCAGAGAAAGAUGUUACUUCAGCAGAGUUUGGUAUGAAACUCCAAGAGCAGAGGCAUUACGAGGAGGCACAUAAUUGGUCUAAAGGCUACAGGAGAAGCCAGUCUGCCGCAGAACAAUCUAACAAUAUACACAAAAUACAAACUGAGGAAAGUCAAAAUGGCCGCUGUAAAAAUUCUGAGGGAAAUGCUAAUGGAUCUGGGGAGAAACCUUUGGAUUUAUCAGAUUACUGCAAAAAUAAGGAUUCGUCCACACAUGGAAGUGAAUCGUCCAUUCAAUAUGAGUCUAAGAAGGCAAAAUUUGAAGAACCUCUCCAGAAGAAGUGCACUCAUGAUGGUUUAGCGAGUGAAAUUUCCCAGGGCAAUAUGCACUCUUAUGAACCAGUCGGCAAGACGAUGAGUGAUGAAGCACCCAGUAGAGACAAAGAUAAGGCACAGGAAGUGUUGAGUCCCAAAGAUGAAUUAAAAAUGAGUGACAAUGAAGACAAAGUGUACAAGAAUUUGAACAUUAAGGCACAAUAUGACAGCACUUCUAGAUCCAGGGAUCCAGAUGACAAUCGGAGAAUUAGAAUGAAACUGUGCACAAAGAGACUCAAGAGCAGGGAUGAUGGAAGUCCAACCGUGGAGGUACAUCUUCAGUUUUUGAACGGCCAGUCAGAUUCACCUGCUCUCUCUCAAUGUGAGGCCAUUGAUUCUCAAGAGAUAUAUGAGAAGCAAAGGAUUAAACCUGAAAAUGAGAAGCAACAAGCAGAAAAUAGUGCUGCCCAACCGAGGAAAAAGAAGAAGAAGAAACCUCAGGACUAUUGGACAUCUGCCAAAGCUAAGAAGAAAAUUAGAAAGCAAGAGUUAAUGAUUAAUGCUCAUCAUAGACCGCAGAGAAUGUAUACAAGAUUCAUACCACUGCAGUACUGUCACUUCUGAUCAUAUUUUCCUGUAUUAUCUAAUCUGUUCACUGAUGUUUCCACUGGGUCAACAGCACAUGUAGGAUUGAACACUGGUACAGGCACAAAAAAAAAUUGCUUUUCAUAAUCAGUAAUGUUACAUACUUAAAUAUCUAGGCCAAAUUAAAAUGUUAUGUCAACAGAAUAACAAUGUUGUAAAUAUCUUCCAGUUGUAUUUUCUAUUUUUUACACUGUUGCAAAAUGCCUUGAUUACUGAUAAAAUGGACCACCUCCAACUUUUUUUAUCCAUAUCAGUCAUUGCACAGGUUUGGUAGGCAAUAAAACAUUUGCAACUCAACACUACCAAGACACCAUAACAUUAACCUCUUCAUUGCUGCUUCCAUAUGUACGACAGAUGGACACAAAGUGCUGAAGUAACUCAGCGGGUCAGGCAGCAUUUCUGGAGAAAAAGGAUGGGUGAUGUUUCGAUUCGGGACACUUCUUCAGAGUCGGGGAUAGGAAGCCUGAAGAAAGGUUCCGACCCAAAACAUCACCCAUCCUUUUUCUCCAGAGAUGCCGACUGACCCACUAUCAGUUGGGCACUCCAGCGCUUUUUGUGUCUAUCUUUAGCAUAAACCAGCACCUGCAGUUCUUUGUUUCUCCAUAUGUACUACCAUCCUAAUUUGACAUUAUUCAAAGGACCUAACCUAGCCUGAGCUGCUUCCAGAGGUAGAUAUCUUACUUGAGUUUACAUUAUUACUGAUCUUUCCACCAACCUUCUCCUCUUUGCAACCAAUAUACUUAGGCAAUUCUUCAACCAUGUCCCAAUCCGGGCCAACUGUGCCCACUUCAUCCAUUUGCUGACGUGCUCCCUCUACACCAUCUCCUCAUCCACACCAUCUGCUAUUGUUUUUCCAACCAACACAGCCAUUUUCUUCUCUGAUUAUCUCUAUAACCAGUCCUUCCCUCCAAAGGGCUUCACCAAUACUGCCCACAGCAGAUUCCUGUCCCCAGCAUUCACAUGCCAUGGCCCGUCCCUUCCCCAGUUUCCCUUCUCCACAUUCUGCCUUCACCCUCAAAAUGGUUCUGAAUUGACUUUUUCUAAAUCUCCACUAUCCAGUAUUAAAUGGCAGAGGAUGGUACAAUGACACAGCUGGUGGAGCUGCUGCUUCACAGCACCAGAGACCCGUGUUUAAUCGUGACCUCGGGCGCUAUCUGCAUGGAGUUUGCACAUACACCC